AUGAUAGAUUUCUCCAUUGUGCACGUGGGACCUCUCAUGGUAUUCUCUGGCCAUUUGCAGUACCUGUUACCUCACUACUACUUGCUCAACGCCCUCAUUUUAGCGACUCGUGCGGAAUCAGAGUGGAUUUUGAGAAACGCGGUGUUGCAAUCUCAGAUUAUCACUGGUGGAUUUGAGAUCGUCGUUGCAGCUGCUGGCUCGCUGGGUUUUGUUGUCACAGAGCUGUUCGGGAGGCUGCUGUACAGGAAAUGUGUGGCAACUGCACCCGGUACAGCGACGUCAAGAUCACGAACAAGCGCGAAUCAUAAUAUAGGUUUCUUUGUGGCAACGCUCGCGCUCUCAUCUGCUGCCCAGCUCAUCCAAGCUUUAUUCGCUUUUGGGAUGCUGCCUCAAGAGUUCGACGUGCCUCGAUUGGCCUCGCUUCUGCCGCUGGAAAUGGUUCGCCUGGUUCAGGAGCAAAAGUACGACUCUGGGCCGCAUGCGGAUCCUGAUCCCACUCGUGUCGCGACGUUGAAGUACCGAGACGUGGCGCUCCCGUUGCAGUUGGCUGUCGUGGCACUGCAGGUUCCUGCGCAGCAGCAUCUCGGAACCGCCUGGACCUUGAGGAACGGGGUCAGCCCAGCCCGCUACAAGAUCGCCGCCUGGCUUGUCUCGACCGCGGUCGCCAUUCUGCUGCUGAGCAGUAACGCUCGGGUGGUGAACCAUUUGUCGCGACAGAGGUGUCCAUUGGAGCCGAGUCGUUUAAUGGUGCAGGUGUAG